AUGAUGCCUGCUGCACCAAGCCUGAAACGACGAAGAGUUCCCCUGGCUUGCAGUUCAUGCCGGCAACGGAAAUCUCGAUGCACAGGCGAAACGCCGUGCUCUCUAUGCAAGGAACUCCAGAUCAAGUGCUUGUAUUCGGAAGAUGGAUCUCUGAGCAAUCUCACCGGGGACAGAAGGUACAUUUUGCGCUUAGAGAGGCGAUUGGAUGACAUUGAAAGAACUGUCGAGCAUCUGAAAAGCGCACAAGGUGUGGCUCCCUCGGUUGCUUCGGAGGGCCUACCCGAGGGUAGCACGCGUAACUCCCCAGGCCAUAGUGUCUCCGAACUUGGACAGGUGGAUGCCUCUGAGAAUGCUAUAGACGGAAUGGGCGCAAUGUAUUUCACCGAUGAAGAGGAGUGCGGCUUUUUUGCCUACAUCAAAUAUAUGUCUCGAGCGAUGGAAAAAGGGAAUUCAAACAUUAUCUCCUCCUCACCGGCAUCGUCACCUCGCAGAAUGCGCGGAGGCUUGGUGAGUGUGAGCCGGUCUCAAGCUCCGUCUUUGCACCAAAGAAUCUCAACCAAAGAUUGUAGCGACACGACUCAUGUCAAUAUUUACGCUUUGCCACCAGAAGAACGAACGUGGAGCUUGAUCCAACAAUACUUUCAAAAGACAGGCCAGCUGCUUCCCUUCAUUCACGAGAUGUCGUUUUGUGAGACAUAUCUUAGUAUGCGGCAAGAAGGGUUCAGCAAAAUCAGCCGAACAUGGCUUGGGCUGUUGAAUAUAAUACUCGCAAUCUCCGCAAGCUUAUCGACAAAUGAUGAAAUACCGCCGAAGGAACGUAUCCGAGAAUCCGAUAUAUACUAUCAGAGAGCUAAUGGCCUCUGUGAUAGAGACUCUAGGCGUAACGCAAGUCUCGAGAUGGUGCAAUAUCUUUUGAUACUGGGACAAUACCUCCAAGGAACCCAGAAGUCAACCCAAGCGUGGACUACCCAUAGCUUGGCUAUCUCUACUGCUUAUCAGCUAGGUAUACAUUCCCCAAGUGCCAACCUGAAAUAUUCUACUCUGGAACAUGAGAUUCGCAAGCGGACUUGGUACGGUUGUGUUCUAUUAGACCGGACUUUGAGCAUGACCUUCGGCCGCCCAUGCUCUAUACCGCAGUCAUUUAUACGUCUGGAUGCACCCAAUAAAGACGUGCAAAUGCUCAGCUCUAACUCAGAUACGAGUAUUUCUACUCAGUUGGAUGGCAAUUUCUUUACAGCUGCAAUACAGCUUUAUGCCAUUUUGUACAAUGUAUUGAAAUUUUGCUACGGUCAGAAUCUUGAUUUUCAGAAUUCACCGAGCACUACAGAUUCCAUAUCACACAUUCUGGAUGGACAACGCCAGCUCAACAAAUGGCGGACUGAGCUUGUGCCGUCCCUUGAAUUGCAUAUUUGGGAAGGCCUGGUGACACCUGAGGAUGUUGGCAAGCUGACUACGGGAUCUGUCAUUCACCAUCGAUUCAACAUCGUCUUAUCUGUUCGCUACAACAACCUACGAAUCCUUUUGCACCGUCCCCGGUUAGAGAGCUUCCUUCAGGCAUUUUGGCAUUCGAGUGAUAUAUCCAACGAAGACAGAAGGGUAAUGCUGCCUCUAGGCCUUGCAAGUGUGCAGAAUUGUGUGGAGUCUUCGACCGCUAUCAUUUCUAUGGUCUAUAGCAUCACGACAUCUGGAGCUCAAUAUCGUCGGCUUUUGGGUGCGUGGAACUAUUCAUUAUACUACACUUUCAAUGCUGCGCUGGUCCUUAUUGGGUGUCUUAUGACAGUUUCCAAGGAGCGAAAAGAUAGCCCUUUGGGAUGGGACAUGGUGGAUGGGUCUCGAGUGUAUAUUGACAAGGCGAUCGAAGCAUUGUGUCAACUUGAUCCUGGUAAUCGGGUGAUAGAAAGAUGUGUUGAAUAUCUUUCGAAACUUGCAGUCAUCUUGGAUGCUCCAACUCUAGACCGGACAAGUUUUGACGCUGCCGUAUCAAACUCGCUAUCAGAAUCCUCUGACAACCUCCUAUCCUCUGAUAUUGCCGAUCCAAUUUCCUAUAUGGAUUUAGGGGAAUUGAUGUCAAGUCAAGACCUGGAAGUGCUUGAAAAUAUUCUUUGCGCCGGCGGAGAAUGA